AUGGAUGAAUGCCUUCGACGACAUGCCAGCAAUCGGUCCAAUCAGCUUCUCGAUCUAUACGAAUAUUUGCUUUCAAAUAAUCGUUGUAUUCCUUGUGGGCCAGAUAAAGGGCAUUUGGCUUUUCCCAAGGAGCUGAUAUCCCCAAAAGGUUCCGCUGCAACUCUGUUCUCAGAAGACGAUAGGAGAUUCCCAGUUGGGUCAUGUUAUCAAACUAAGGAACGUCUUCUCAUGCUUCAGAACCUGGGAAUGUUAUCAGAUAUUCUUGACUGGGAAACCCUGAUUGAGCGAGCAAACUCUGUGUCAGUGCUCUGUAGAAGAGCCGAACAAGACGCUAGGAAGAGAUCUGCCCUUCUCAUCAAGUAUAUAAAUGUUCACCUUGAGAAAAUGGACCACCCUACAGAAUUGAAUAGAGAGGAGUUAAUGGAAAUCAGUAUGUUUCCUACUCUUGCAAAGCCAGCAAAUUAUGUUAUGCCAUGGAAAGGUACUGCGGAUUGGAACAGUGUUAUCCUUCCAGCGAAAGAAAUGUACGGCGACAGGUAUAAGUUUAUCGCAGGGUCCUCACGGCCAAUCCUUGAUGAAAGUGAGAGUGGCUGCAGUAGGUUAAGCAAGAAAACACGGCAUCUUUUUGGCUUCAGCUCCCGUAAACCAUCGGCCCAUGAGGUUCUUAGCCAGCUGGAGCAUGCAGUUCAAGCAAUGGUCCAGUCGCCCCAUGCGAUCGAAAGUUUGGAACAAGUCUUCCAUUGCAUAUACGAUUAUUUACAAGAACUUGUUCAGAAACCAGAUGGCGAACGAAUUGUACAUGCAUUAGAAGAAAAGAGAUGGAUACUGGUUCAAGGAAAGUGUCUGUCGGCCUCUCGGCUGGCUUUCGCGUGGAAGGGAUUUGGUGAGCCUUACCUGAAUGAAGUGCCACAGAAUCUUGCGACGAAGUAUCGUAGGUUAUUUCAAGCGACAGGAAUCAAAGAGCACUUUUCCACCGAAGACGUCAUUUCUGCACUUUACGAGCUCGAUGAGGAGAAACAAGGAGAACGUCUUUCUACAAAAGAACCUGGAAGAAUCUUCUGCUUCUUACCACUUCCACCAGACGCUGACUCCAAGACCGGUUUGCCAGUUCACGUGCAUGGCUACUUUGGCCUCACAGAUAAUCGGCGUGGUCUUAAAUGGCCAGGCCUUGACUGUCAGGAUGAUCCAACCGCAGAAUGGAAUGUGUCACUAGUGCAGCAUGUUGCGAGUGAGGCCUACGCCAAUGUGUUGCUCCUUGUUAGAGAUUCAUGUGACUCUUCAGUUGGCGCAGAUUUGGUGUACAAGUCCUGGCCAAACAUUCAGAAAGUUGAGAUACACUGGCAGUGUAUGCUGGAGCACAUGUUUUCGAUUUUAUUAAAAGAAAACAUCUUCUGGACCCCUGCACAUCAUGGUCAGUGGAAAAACCUCAGUGACGCCUACUUGGACAGAAUGACAACCCAAUUUCAGAACACAUCCGAUGAAACAAGACGCGCAGUUCUAGACACAUUGACGCAAGCAAAUGAGGCCGUUGUAAUCGUCCCGAGCCACGUCAUGAUUGCGAUUGAUAAAUACACGUCAAUUUUUACGAAGAGCAUCACUCCCACAUUCUUGAGGGCUCUGCUGAAAAAGAAGGAAAAGGGAGUUUGGAAGAUAACCAAUGUACCGAAGGAGAAGAAGCUUUUACUACUCGAAUUUUCUCUCGCGGACAAGAACCUUAGCGACAUGCGAGGAGUUCCCCUUUUGCCCCUUGCAAAUGGAAGUUUUGUUGAUUUCCGCUCAAUCCAAUACAACCGAGAACCAGCCGCUGCUGUGUACGUUUCGUCAACAAACAUUCCCCGUUCUAUUUUCCACAACAUGGACAGUAAGUUCCUCGACGACAACGUUAAAACUCCUGCCAUUACAUAUUUGUCGAAGGUUGCUACUGAUGCCGAAAGUCCCAACACAAUCCAACCCGUGCAACUCGUCAAAUUGAAUCAAGCCAAGACUCUCAAGCUCCUGCGAGAGAUGCUUCCAUCGGAAUGGUAUAGAGGAAAUCAUCCAGUACCUUGGUACCCCGGCAGAAAUGGGCAUCCGCCAGAGCGCUGGUUGGAGUCAGUUUGGAAGUGGAUUCAGAAAAUGUUCUCUGAUCUCUCCUUGCUCGAAAACCUCCCGCUCAUUCCGCACACAUGUGCUGGAAACCGAAGCAUAGUGAAGCUGAGUUCAUCAAGAGUCGUCAUCAGAAGACAUUACCAGAGUGUUUGUUUACCGCCGCUUAUUGUGUCUUUGCUUGGAAAAACUGGCUGCAUUGUUCUAGAAAAUCUUCCAUCGUACAUUCAUCACAACACCCUACAUAGAUACGUCGCCUCACCUGAUCCUAAUGGCGUCCUAAAGGUCUUGUCUACGUUGGAUCAAAGCAGAUGCGUAUCAAUGAUUACCCAUUGUUCAUCUGAUGAGAAGCAAGCGCUACGAAGUUUCCUCUCUUUCGCGUCCUCAAGUGUUGAUCAAAGAAACCUCCUGUAUAACCUUCCUAUUUUUGAUGCAGCAGAUGGAUACUCCUUCAUUGCUCUAAUAAAUGGAUUUCAAGUUCAUGGUGUGUUACCCUAUGACUUCAAACUUCCUCAAUCCUUGCCGAUACCAAGAGCGUCCUCGGUCAUUACCUUGAGAGAUAGCGAAUCUCAUACC